ACCCCGGCUGGGCAUCCAUCAGCAGGGGUGUGCUGGUGUGCGACGAGUGCUGCAGUGUGCAUCGGAGCCUGGGACGCCACAUCUCCAUUGUCAAGCACCUUCGUCACAGCGCCUGGCCUCCCACGCUGCUGCAGAUGGUGCACACGCUCGCCAGCAACGGGGCCAACUCCAUCUGGGAACACUCUCUGCUGGACCCCGCACAAGUACAGAGCGGCCGGCGCAAAGCCAACCCCCAAGACAAAGUCCACCCCAUCAAGUCAGAGUUCAUCAGGGCCAAGUACCAGAUGCUGGCAUUUGUGCAUAAACUUCCCUGCCGGGACGAUGAUGGGGUCACUGCCAAAGACCUCAGCAAGCAACUGCACUCAAGCGUGAGGACAGGCAACUUGGAGACAUGUCUGCGCCUGCUGUCCCUGGGUGCCCAGGCCAACUUCUUCCACCCAGAGAAGGGCACCACACCCCUGCAUGUAGCUGCCAAGGCAGGGCAGACACUGCAGGCUGAGCUGCUGGUGGUGUAUGGGGCUGACCCCGGCUCCCCUGAUGUCAAUGGCCGCACACCCAUUGACUAUGCCAGGCAGGCGGGGCACCAUGAACUGGCAGAAAGGCUAGUUGAGUGCCAGUAUGAGCUCACUGACCGGUUGGCCUUCUACCUCUGUGGACGCAAGCCGGAUCACAAGAAUGGGCAUUACAUCAUCCCACAGAUGGCUGACAGAUCUCGGCAAAAGUGCAUGUCUCAGAGCCUGGAUUUGUCUGAGUUGGCCAAAGCUGCCAAGAAGAAGCUGCAAGCGCUCAGCAACCGACUUUUUGAAGAACUUGCCAUGGACGUCUAUGAUGAGGUGGAUAGAAGAGAAAAUGAUGCCGUGUGGCUGGCUACCCAAAACCACAGCACCCUGGUGACAGAGCGCAGUGCUGUGCCCUUCCUGCCGGUUAACCCUGAGUACUCAGCCACACGGAAUCAGGGGCGACAGAAAUUGGCCCGCUUUAAUGCCCGGGAGUUUGCCACCUUGAUCAUUGAUAUUCUCAGCGAGGCCAAGCGGAGACAGCAGGGCAAGAGCCUAAGCAGCCCCACAGAUAACCUGGAGCUGUCUGCAAGGAACCAGAGUGACCUUGACGACCAGCACGACUAUGACAGUGUGGCCUCUGAUGAGGACACCGACCAGGAGCCACUACGCAGCACUGGUGCCACUCGGAACAACCGUGCCCGGAGCAUGGACUCCUCAGACCUGUCUGAUGGGGCCGUGACGCUUCAGGAAUACUUGGAGCUGAAGAAGGCCCUGGCUACCUCAGAGGCAAAAGUGCAGCAGCUCAUGAAGGUCAACAGCAGCUUGAGUGAUGAACUGCGGAGACUGCAGAGGGAGAUCCAUAAGCUGCAAGCAGAGAACCUGCAGCUCCGGCAGCCAUCAGGGCCCGUGCCCACACCGCCACUCCCCAGUGAACGGGCAGAGCACACACCCAUGGCGCCUGGUGGGAGCACCCACCGCCGGGACCGCCAGGCCUUCUCCAUGUAUGAGCCAGGCUCCGCUCUGAAGCCCUUUGGGGGUGCACCUGGGGACGAGCUUACCACACGGCUACAGCCCUUCCACAGCACUGAGCUAGAGGAUGACGCCAUCUAUUCCAUGCACGUGCCCGCUGGCCUUUACCGGAUUCGGAAGGGGGUGUCUGCUUCAGCUGUACCCUUCACUCCUUCCUCCCCACUGCUGUCGUGCUCCCAGGAAGGAAGCCGUCAUGCGAGCAAGCUUUCCCGCCAUGGCAGUGGUGCUGAUAGUGACUACGAGAACACGCAGAGUGGGGACCCGUUGCUUGGGCUGGAAGGGAAGCGGUUCAUAGAGCUGGGCAAGGAGGAUGAUCUCCAUCCCGAGCUGGAAAGCCUAGAUGGGGACCUAGAUCCUGGGCUCCCCAGCACGGAGGAUGUCAUUCUGAAGACAGAGCAGGUCACCAAGAACAUUCAGGAGCUGUUGAGGGCAGCCCAGGAGUUCAAACAUGACAGCUUUGUGCCCUGCUCAGAGAAGAUCCAUUUGGCUGUGACUGAGAUGGCCUCUCUCUUCCCAAAGAGGCCAGCCCUGGAGCCAGUGCGCAGCUCACUGCGGCUGCUCAAUGCCAGCGCCUACCGGCUGCAGAGUGAGUGCCGGAAGACAGUGCCCCCAGAGCCUGGCGCCCCUGUGGACUUCCAGCUGCUGACUCAGCAGGUGAUCCAGUGCGCCUAUGACAUCGCCAAGGCCGCCAAGCAGCUGGUCACCAUUACCACCCGAGAGAAGAAGCAGUGACUGCACUCCCUGCCCUCACCCACACCCUGGGACCUCAUUGGCCAUGGGGGCUGGGCCACUCCAGACACUAACCCACCCCAACAGAGCCACUGGCACAAGUGCCCUUAGCGCUGCCAUUCUCCCCUGGCAGCCAGGCGCCCUGGUGCCCACUCCCCUUGAGCCCCAAGGAUGGGGAGGUGGGGUGGCAGGAGCUUCUGUCCCCCACAUUCCAUGCACCUCCCCCCUGUACAUAGCACCCCCCCUUUCUGCGUGCGGGGCCUGCAAGGCAUCACUCCCAACCCCUCGCCAUCAGCAAAGGGUUGGAUGGGGACACUCCACACAAGGCCGCCCCCUACGUGCAGACCACCCCUGUGAGCCAGUUCAGCCCUAUCAGGGCUGAGUGGGGGCGUCCUCCUCCUUUGUACAUAUCUCUGGGUGUCCCUGCCCUUAGCCGCCAGCCCUCUUGCUGCUCUCCUCUAAUGCCAAACGGCCCCUGCCUCGGGCACAGACCCCAACUAGUAUGUUGGGGUCCCCAGCAGCAAACACUGGAAAAUCUUUUUUCUUUCCUCUCCCCAACCCCUUAAUUUUAACUUUGUGGUAACUGAGUGUCCCUGCGUGCCUGCGUGUGAGUGUGUGAGCAGCAGUGCCGUUCAGGAGGCCUGGCCCAUCUGGAGCUUGGAGGGGUGAGGGGACCAGAGCAAUGGGACCAGCAUUGGGGGGGGUCUUCCUCUCCCCCACCUGGGACCAGAGACGGCCGGGAUCACCAGCUGUGACCCUGACUCUGCCUCUUAUCACAGCCCCCAUUUGCACCCCUAUUCUAUGAACUUAAAAGGAAAACCACUUCCAUCCCUCCUUCCCCUCCUUUGUAGAGGGAAAAGUGCUGGGCAGGCAGAGGGCUGAGCCUGGGGCUGGCUCCCCGGGGUCCCCAACUCAGCUGGUGGCUGUGGACCUGAGAGCCCCUCCCCAUCACCUCUGCGAGGCCAGUACCCAUCAUCACUACCUGCAGCUAAGGUGGCCCCACCCUCUGGAAGCCUGGGGACCUGAUGCAGCCUGGGAAGGCUGGAGAGGCCGACAGCAGCACCCACCAGCUCUUCUUCCUGACCCACCUCUCCCCCAAGGGGGCCAGCCCUACCUGUGUGGUGGUGGGUGGACUGUCAAGAUGUGUGUCAUGUACAUUUGUAUCAAAAAUAAAUAAGUGACCAUG